AUGUCUUCCGUCAAAUCAUUUCGCCAACUCAUCGGCAUCCCCCCUUCCACUGCCUCCACUAGUGAUUCAACUCUGAUCAUCAUCGACGCUCAAAACGAGUACGCCACAGGUCUUCUCGCAGUUGAGAAAGUCGCCGAAUCUCGCAAGGUCAUUGCCAAACUGCUCGAGAAAUACCGACAGGGCAACGGCAAGAAUAUCGUCCACGUCGUGCACGAAGUGCCUGCCGGUGCACCUGUUUUCACUCCUGGCACUACUCUUGCGCAGGAGUUCGAGGAGCUCACGCCUAAGCCAAACGAGAAAGUGGUCACGAAGAACUUCCCUAGCUCUUUUGCUAAGACCGAUCUGCAUGAUUACUUGCAGGGACUAGGAGAAGUGGGCCAGAAGACUGUACUAGUUGGCUACAUGUCGCACGUUUGCGUUUCUACUACCGCACGUGCUGGAAGUGAGCUUGGCUAUGAUGUACUUGUUGUGCGUGACGCGAUAGGCGAUCGCCACAUUCCUGGUGCGGACGCGGACACUGUCGUCUCCGUGGUGCUCAGUGAGUUGGGCGAUGGUUUUGCCACAAUUGUCUCUGAAAGUGAGAUCAACUAG